CUUAGACACUUGUGAACUUAUUGGUCCUGACAAUCAUAUGCAAACACUCAUACAACUGUUACAGAGGUAAGGUUAACUAUAUUUCCUCUCCUAUGCACAGCUAAAAGGUAUGCAAUGCUAUUUUUUCUUUGUAUUAAAUAAUACACUUAUUUUAAAACAAAUUUGUUUCUAUAUUUUGUGCAACGUUGUUUGUUAACUACAACUUACUUUUUCAGGUUUUAAUAAUCCCAACAUGCCUUUUAAUAAAAUGUUAUUUUCUUUAUUUUUAAUUUAUCUUUGUUUUUCUGGGGACGAGGGGGAUUGUAUAUUUUGGAAGGUUUUCUUACUUUUUAUUCCCAAGUACCAGUACAGAAAGAAAGAUUGUUGCGAGGCAUAGCAUUAAACGAUGAGUUUUGUGGCGUGGCGUGUAUCUGGAAGGUGAUCCUUUUUUUAGGGAAAUAUAUCUUUACUGCGCAUUGGUAUUAGCAAAGCCAGGAUUAAGGGUCAAAUCACAGUAUAAAAAAAAACAACAACUUGAGAUCGGCCUUCAGUAACUCCCUAAGAAAUCUGUUUUCACAAUGUAUUAUUUGUUUUAGAAACAUUAAGGAAUAUCACAGUUGGUUUUCUUUUUUUCUUUUUCCAAUUGGUUCAAAUAAAAAUUUUGUAUAUAGGCUUUUUUCUAUAUUUGCAAGAAAAAUUAGGAGGGAUUCUAUGUAUUUGAUUAUCAUCUCAAGUAUUCCUAUAGUUUGAUGGUUCCCAAGUUGCACCAAUAUUAUAGAUUUUGUCAGGAUCUCAUUUGGGGCAGAAUUAAGAAAUGCUACAUUCUGAGUGUUUGUAUGCCAAGGAUUUGCUUGGGAACUCCUACUUCAAACGUAUCAAGCAUCUUGUGUUGAAAGCUGCAACAGGAAAUAUGACUGAUGAACCAGGGGAAACAUAUCUUAUGAAUAACCAUCAAUUUGAGCUUGUGGCACAUAUCUUCAUUAAACUCAGUUCUUAGUUAUAAGAAACAACAUUAGAUUCCAGAUAAAAUCACAUAAACUUUCCAAGUCAUGACCAUAAAUUUAUGCAACAAUAGACACUUUCCACAAGUCUUUCUCUGUACUAUAAUAGCCACAGUUAAUAGUCAUUGUACAUUCCUCAAUUUUUCUGACUCGGAUAAUUUCUCAAGAUUAUAUGAUUUGUAUCCGGAAAUGGCUAUUUUUAAAAUAAAAGUAGAAUAUCUGUUGCAUUCAAAUCACUUUCUAAAACUAGUGAUGAUCUUGUAUUUUGGUGCCUGUGUAGUCUAUGGUUUUAUCAAUGUGUCUGCCACAAAACUGAGUUUCAAUACAAUGUCAAGUAAAAUGUAUGCUUAAUAAAAUGUGUAUUUUCUUCCUUAGGUAAAUAUAAAGAAAUACCCUGGAAUAAGAUGGCCUUUUACAAUGGAAUAUACCCAUUCUAUCCUCAGGACAGGAUGCCCUAUGUCUUCAGCAUGCAGUCAGUUGUUGUCAUUAUUGUCUUUUUGAUUUUGGCCCUGGCUUUCAUCCUUAUUGUCCUCGGGAUCCGCGGCAAAGCAGUGAGUUAUUUAUUAAUGCACUAAGGUUUAUUUGAUAAAAUUUGAUGUUUGAUAUGAUUUGAUAUUUGAUAUUGAUAUGAUCAUUGAAAAUAAAUGCAUGCAAUUUUUUUAUAGUAGUCUCAAAUCAAUGUUUAAAAUUCAAGAUUUUGCAAUCUCUAAUUUGUAUACAUUAACCACUGCAGUUGGGUUACAAGUUCAAAAUUAAAAACAUCACACUCAGUGUUGCAAAGCACAUAAUUUUGUGACAAACAACUUUCAAAUUUAUAAAAAAAUAUAUAUAUAUAUAUAUAUAUUUUUUUUUUUAAAUUAAGUGAUUUUGCCAUACAUGUUACAAUUAAUUUGAUAAUUCAUUAAAAUUUCUCAUUUAGUUAAUAAACUCCUGUAUCUUAGAUAAAACAUUUGUGGACCAGCAGAAACCAAUAUUCACCAUUUCACAGAUAAUUUAUAGAUAUUUGCCUUUUUCCCUUCAUAUUGAAUGCCAUUUUUUUUUUUUUUUAUUAAUAAUCCUGGCACUUUCAUUUUCAAAAGCUCUGAUUCUACAUAUAGCACAGAUCCAUCCAGAAGUAGAAAUGCUGUUAAUUUUACAUUAUGUCACUGUAAGUUAAAGAAUAAAAGAUUUCACUACUUUAGAUUUUUAUUGACCUGAAUGUUUAUUGACUGAUUACAAUGGUAAGGAAUUCACUGUAAUUUGCAUAAAGCUCCACUGUGAAUUAGAUAAGACACAAAUGUUUUAUUUAUAUGAUUGUAAUUAUUUUAAAGACCAUAUAUUGCGUAGAAGCACAAUAAAUGAAGGGUAAGGGUAGCACUUUAACAGUACUGUAAUGUUUCAGGGAAAUGAUUUAAAAAUAUAUGCAAUUGUUUUCUAAAUUAUCCCUGAUCUUGAAUGUAAAAAAAAUCUAACGUUCCCUGGCAAAGAAGAGAAAAAAUAUUUUAUCUUUGUUUUAUAUAUUUUUCUUUUCUUUUCUUUUUGUUUCUGUUUUGUCUUUUGUCUCUCUCUGUGUCUUUCUGUCUUGUAUGUUUUCUUUAUUGCUGGGUUCCAUUUAUUACUUAUCGAUUGUGUCUUGCUUUUUAAAUUGUUUUAAAUUCCCAUUGUUUUUCUUUUUAUUUUUUUUUAUUUUUAUUCCCAUUGGUGUUUAUACAAAAUGUGUACACUUGUUAUGUUGAAAUGUCUAUUUUGCGUACUGCCUUAUUGUAGGAAACCAACACUUUUUUUUCUUUUGUCUUGGAUUGCUGCUUCUGUUUUUCUUAAUGGUACUUGAAAAAAUAUUUACUGAAAAACAAAACGUGACACAUAAUUGAUCAAAGACCAAUUUAUUUUAAAAAUAGCACUAUAUUAUUUAAAAUGUUAUCACUUUCUCCUACAUGAGCUAGGGGAUAUUUAUUUGUAUCCACGUACAUAGUCUCUCCUAACAUACACAUUGUUUAUAGAUGCAUUUAAAUAUUUGAAACAUUUGAAUAUUUAAAAAAAUUUUUGCUACCUUUUUGAAAAAUACAGCCUAUAAAACCGACAAUGUUGCCAAUCUAUUUGAGAUAUUGCACUGAAAAUGAAGUCCAACUACUUUAACAUGGUAGGAAAGCCCCCCCAAACUUUUUGAUUUAUCCUACAAGACUUUCAGAAAAGGAAAAAAUAAAAUAAAAAUUAAGAAGAGAUUAUCUCGCUAUGAUUUAUAUUAUAUACAAACAUCAAAAUAGUUUCUUUCUACUUCUUAUAUGGGAUGAAAGUAAGUAAACGAAAGUAUGCAAGUCCAAGCAUAAACAGAAAUAUUUAUUAGAUGCCUGAAAAUGACACUCCUGUUUAGGAAUUUCCAUUAAUUGCAUAUGUCAAAUACACCUGUACCAAUUGCGACAUCACAAUGAGGAAAUGCUUCGAUAUUUGCUAUUAUUAGUAACUCUGCACGGUUUGCCUACAUCAGUGUAUUUUAUUAUACAUCUUACCCAGCAUUUUAUUAUAUCCUCAAUAACAUGGGGGAUAUAUUACAGCAUUUUACAUCUCUGUAAAAAUUCCAUAUUGCAUUAUCUUUCUAUUGUGCUUUCAAUGCCAUCAUGCACAUUUUUUUUAUUUUUUUUUUGCUAUGGUGACAUUCUGCAGUUUUUAUAACAUGCUUAAACACUUAUUAAUGGAAAAAAAAUAUGUUUCUUCACAGAGAAUAUUCUGGACGUGCAGAAUUUUAACAAGUCUGUUUAUCGGAGCAGUUACUGUGGGUAUGUACAGAUUUUUCUCUCGUAAAAAAAAAAAAAAGAAAAUUAAGAAAAAAAAGUAUAAAUAUUUCAGUCCCAAUAUGUGCAAUAUUAAUAUCUGGGAGAUAUUAUUUAUUUAUUUAUUUAUUUAUUUUGGUGGGCAGAAAGGAAGCUGCUACAAAAUCAACAAGUAGAAUUUCCAAUAACUUUGGAAAAUUUGAAUGGAGCUUUCUUCUCUCAUUCUCUGACAGUUAACUGAAGACAUAGUUUAGCUAAAUGAAAGAAGCCAAAUAGUGUUUCCCUAUUUUUUCAAGAAACAAAUUACUAUCCUUUUACUGCUUUAUAUUGGCAGGGGGUUGGGCAUUCUCAUGGCAUACUACUUUUUUUAAGUGGCAAAGGAGGACCUUUUAUUGCCAUGAACUAAGCAGUGGAUGUUUUAGAGAAAGGACAUGGGAAUUUUAACAUUUAUGGAGAGCUCUACACCUAUUCUUUAACCAGCUCCAUCCCAAGGUCCAUAACCCCUAGGUGUCAUUAUCAACCCGCACAAAUAGGGUAAUGGAAUCAGGCCUCGUUGCUUGUUAAUUUUCAAGAAUAGGAGAAACAUAUUGCCUUAUUCCCUGGGAUUUCCUGCAAGCAAUUUUAUGUUGCCCAGUUAUAGUUAUUUUGUACUAAAUAUAAACAUUUGUAGACUGCGUGUAGCAUAUAAGUCAGUAUGUUGGAUUCAAUUUCAGUUAUGACUGAAUAUUUAAAAUUCAUGUAAAUAAUAAAUGUUAAACAUUAGCAUUUACUAGAUUUCCCAUAUAGAGGCUUGGAAAGAGAAGUCGGGGGGCCUGUACUGACCAACUGCAAUUGCAGUUGCUGGUUAUGGGGGACCUUAACAUGUAUAGCUUGGAGGAAAGACGAGACAGGGGGGAUAUGAUAGAAACAUUUAAAUACAUAAAGCUAAUCAACACAAUAAAGGAGGAGACUAUAUUUAAAAUAAGAAAAACUACCAAAACAAGAGGACAUAGUCUUAAAUUAGAGGGACAAAGGUUUAAAAAUAACAUCAGGAAGUAUUACUUUACUGAGAGGGUAGUGGAUGCAUUGAAUAGCCUUCCAGCUGAAGUGGUAGAGGUUAACACAGUGAAGGAGUUUAAGCAUGCAUGGGAUAGGCAUAAAAGGCUAUGCUAACUAUAAGAUAAGGCCAGGGACUAAUGAAAGUAUUAAAAAAUUGGGCAGACUAGAUGGGCCAGAUGGUUCUUAUCUGCUGUCACAUUAUAUGUUUCUAUGUUUCUACGUGUCACUUCCUGGGAGCAGGGUAGUUGGUGACAGGUGCCCAAUUUGACUACUUAUCCCACCGGGGAACUCCUGGCAACAUAGCCACUACAUCAUGCUUGGAGUGUUCCUUUAACAUAAGAUAUACAUGCAUUUCAAUAUUUAUUCAAAUGUAUAUUUCCAACAGAAGUGACAAUUCUGCUUUAAUAUAUCACUGAAUUCAAACCAAAUUUGCUCUUGAACGGUAGAUAUGGAAAACAUGAUUAAACUAUUUUCAUUUAUUUCUAAAAUGCAGCUGUUAACUUCACCGCAGACUGGGAGGUGGGCGUAGUUAAUGCUACAACGACAUAUAAGUCCUUCAGUAAUGCUGUGGUGAAUGCCGAUAUUGGAGUUUAUGUUGGACUCAAAGGCAUCAAUGUCACUCUGAAAGGUAAUAACCAUUAAAGUGUGUAAUAUUUAUAGUAAUAACCAACUUUCUGUUACUUCUAGAAGAGAAUGAUGGUAAAUCUUUGCUAAUCAGAUUUUGAAUAACAUUUCCCAUCAUGCUCUUCUAGUAUUUAAGAACUAUGGCAGUAUAACAUCUGUAACUAUCUUCAGAGAUAUCUUCUGAAGUUUUGGCCCUCAGGCUUGCUGUGCAUUAUUGGUAAUGAAGUUCAGAAGUAACCUAGGAGCUAAGGUUUGCCCUGGUUGGUUUUAAGUGUUAAAUACUUUGGUGAAUCAUAUUACAGUAAUUUUUACAGAAUUAGACUUUCUGGUAACAUUUCUUCUUGAGUGAGUGAAUUUAUUCAGAAUACUCAGGUGCAUGAUAAACAUUUCAACACCAUAGUAUCAUAUUUCUCUUCUGUAAAGUGAUAAAUAAAAUAUUUGAAUUUUAAAAUUAUUUAUGUCAUUUUAUUUCUUUUUAAAAGUGUUCACACUCAGGUUUAAUAGAAUUCUUGUCUAAUGGUACAGCAUUUGACAUUUAAUGGUACAGUAUUUAAAAACAACAUUCUAAAUAAUGUAAGAUUUUAAUGCAAUAAAAGUUAUACUUCAUCAUUAACAAUAUAAAAAAGUUGUUUGAUCAUAAUAGACAUAUCAUAUUAGACAAUAGCUACUGUAAUUAAUCAGAAUGCAUGAUUUGUGCUAUGUUUUAAAACUAUGGAGAUGUUACACUCCAAAUACAGCAUCAACUUAUACUAGUGUUCAGUAAUCCAUGACUUUUAUUGAAGAAAGAAAUUACGAGACUAAAGCAAUUAACCCGUCAAAUAAUUUUGAGUGUGCUGACUUUAUGUAUACAUAUUCCACAAAAACCACCAGUUUUCUGAACCUAGAUUAACUUUAACCACAAAGUAAACAAACCAGCCACUAUAUAAACCAUGGCAUACUGAAACUAAAUAAUCUUUACUGUAGCGGCUAUUGUGUUCAUUGAUCAGGAAAUGAGUGAGAACAAAAUAUCAGACCAGGAAAUAAUUUUAUUUUACCUCCCUUGUGCACAAAAAAUAUAGGCACUUGGAUUUUAAAAUAGAAAUCCUAACUUCUGACAUAAAUAUUUGCCAUCAUUGACUCUUAGCCAUGAAUAGCAGUGGAGUAGGCUGGCAUCAAAAGUGGAAGGGCCAACCAAUGAAAUGUAAAAAUAUAGGCCAUGGAAAGUCAGGAGAGGAUGCACCCAAAAAAUAAUUUGCACCCUACGUUAAUUAUACAAUUAUUUAUGCAUAUUUUAAUUGAAUAUUAUUUUAUGGUGGCAUAAAAUCAGACUGGCACAUUCACAAAACUACCCCCCUUUAGCCCUUCAAUGGCCAGUAUAAUGAGGUAGCACUUAAGCAGUAAAAUAAUGUAUUAAAGCAGUAGGUAUGUCUUCGUUUUUUAAUAUACUGAGCAGAAUAUAUUUAUUUGCACUUUUUUUACUCAGGUAAUCCUAUUCAUCAAAUUAAUGAAACAAUAAAUUACAAUGAACAGUUUAUAUGGAGUUUUGGUCAAGAUUUCAAUGAAUAUUACCAAGAAGGACUUAAAAGAGGCCUGCCGAAUCCAAUUUUGUACAUCGCAGAAAAGUUCUCGCAAUAUAACCCGUGCGGUUUGUUCACACAGUAUAGAUUGUCUGGACAUUAUGCUGGAGCAUGUAUGUGGUAAGUAACAAUGGCAAAAAAAAACCAAACAAAUAUCACCAAAAUUACAUGUGAUUAAAAGACAAAAUAAAUUAAUUAUUCUCUGUCAUAUAUUUGUAUAACAUUUAUUAAGUUUAUUAACCAAAUGAUUGUGUGUUAUGUGUUCCAGGGUGGCAUUCUGCUCAUGGGUUAUCUGCAAUAUACUUUUCUCCUUCUCGGUUUUCAUAUAUGGAGCUUAUAUGAUCCUUGUUACCGCAUCUUUUUUUAUAUUCUCAUUACUAUCAUUUUCAACGGUACAGAAUGUUGGAUUUUGCAACAUCAAAUUUGGAGCUGAGUCCCUGAAGACGUACUACGGAGGAUCUUUCUGGCUUACUCUCGCAACUGGUAAGUCAUAGAAUGCAAAUAGCAGUCUGUUGUAAAAUACAUUGUGAAAGUGUUUCAUAAAGUCUGCUAACUAUUAUUUCAUGAUUAGCCUACAUUAUUACAGCUUAUCAGAAACCUGAUCUGUUUAAUCAGGUGGCUUUUAAAGUAGUUUUAUCCAUUUUCACCUGCAAGCUUAACCUAGUAGAAAAGUAAUUUAGGAUUAAUGAAGAUCCAUGCACAUAUGCUAAUCCGAAAUAAGGAAAAACUCCUCUUUGAUUACAAAUUCAGAUUUAUCAAUUGUAUUCAACUUAUAAUUUGCUAAAAAAACUUUGCAUUUUGAGAGAUCCCCAAACACAGAAUACACACAAUAAUAUCCAACUAAUUUAUAACAAUAUAUAAAACUAAUAAGUAAUGGACAUUUCACUCUCUCUUUUUUGUGUGUAUUAUUUUUCAAGGACAUCCGUAGUCUAGAUAUCAUUAUUAUCCAACUUAAUUUUACUUUUUUUAUUGACCUCAAAAAGAAACGUUGAUGCUGAGAAAUAGUGAUGUAGCGAACCGUUCGCGAACUUCCCGCGAACGGCUCGCCGCGGUUGAGCUCCGGUCAGCUGACACAUCCCGGCCAAUCUCCAGCAGACCCUCCCUCCCAGACCCUUCCUCCACCUGGACAGCAUCCAUGUUGAAGCUGCCUUCAACAUGGAUGCUGUCCAGGAGGUGGGAUGGUCUGGGAGGGAGGGUCUGCUGGAGAUUGGCCGGGAUGUGUCAGCUGACCGGAGCUCGCUGCGAACGGUUCGUGGCGAACCGUGGCGAGCCGUUCGCAGGAAGUUCGGGAAUGGUUCGCGACAUCACUACUGAGAAACAGCAUCUUGAUUACUUAUAAUUGAGUUAUAUUCUGGUAUUAGCUGAGCUAUAAUGACAAACAUCAGAGAAUUGACAUUUGGGAUGGAUAACUGACCAGGCAAAGUGAGCCACAUCUAAAUGUUAGCAGGCCACUGUUCUCUAAUAAUGUGAGCAACUAUUUCUUAAUUUGUUUCUUUAUGAGAGUUCUACUAAUGCUUCGUUAUUUUCUUUUCAGGUCUGCUCUGUUUUGUAAUUGGAUUUACGCUAAUUGCGAUGGACAGAUUUAUUCCCGAGAAGCUGAAGAUAUUUUUUGAUUCUUCUGAGGGGGAGGAAGAAGAUUAUGACUCAGCGGAAAUAUACAUUAAUAACAAUUGUUCACAUGUCCCUAACUCAAAUAUUGUAUAACUGCCAAUAUGAAUAGUGGACAUUUCAUAAAUUAAUUUCAAGAAGAACUGCACUUUUCAGUGAGUCAGUGGUCUACUUAUUUAUGAAUUCUUCACCAGUGUAGAUGCAAGCAUACCUCAUCUUCUGAAGUCCAUCAUAUCUAUCAAGCUUCUGGGAAGCUGUAGUACCAAUGAUUCAUUUUCAAAUGAAGAGUUACUAGAAGUGGUUUAUGGAGACAACCCUCUCCAUUUCAUUAUAUACUUGAACAAAGUCUUCUGUGAGGACUAUACAAGUUGCAUAUUGUAUGAGUUAUGCACUAUUUUGUAAAUGUAAUAUUAUGAUUGUUAAUUAAUGAACUGUAUAUUAUUGUAAAUCUAGUUAUAUAAUAACCACAGUAGUUUAACCUCUUAAGGGCACAUGACAUGUGUGACAUGUCAUGAUUCCCUUUUAUUCCAGAAGUUUGGUCCUUAAGGGGUGAAAAUAAAGAAAAAAGUCCAUCAAGUUCAUUUUUUCACAUUUCUUUCUACUGUUGAUAUAAAAGAAUUUGAAAUUAAUUUCAGAUGUGCUGGAAAAAAAUAUAUGAAAAAAUUCAAUUUUGACUCUAAAAGGGCAAUCUACUUCUUAAUUCAACUAGCUAUUACCACUAGAAUUAACCAUUAUUUUAUGAAUCUUCUGUUUAAUGAAAGGCAUCUAGUCCCUUUUCCAAACAUGCAUUUCAUCUAAUAAGAUAAACUCUGUCUACAUAUCAAUUGCUUUUACAGUAAAUAAACUUUUACUAUAAAUCAUCACUUUUUUUGUACAACCUUGUUAAUGAACAGUUUACAGAAGCUCUUUAUAAAUGCCUUGUAUAUUUUAAAUGCUAUUAUAUAACCUGUCAGACAUAUUUUUUGAAAGUUAAAUGGAUACUCUAAGCACCAAAACAUCUUUAGUUUAAUGACUCUCUGCUAAAUCCUCUGCCUCUCAGGAGUUAAAUCACCUUGGUUUCUUUUUAUGCCACCCUGGCUACACUUCCCUUUGCCUUUAUUAACACAAUCUCCAUGAAAAAAAUGGGUUCAUUUUCAAGCAGAUGUGACAGCACAGUGUGUUUAUUUUCUUGUGCUGUUAAUUAAACUUUAUUCACACACAGGAAGAUCCUGCAGGGUCAAGCAAAUUAUCAACAGAGUAGGAGAUGAGGCAUUCUAAAUUAAAUAGACUGUGCAAUAAAGGGAAUUUUAAACAUUAGAUCUCACUUUACUGGCAAUGUGUAGGGAGGCUGUGUAGGUCACAUGCAUGGUAGGUGUGACUAUGGCUGUUAUUUAACUUAUAAAUGACAGAGAAUUGAGAAAUGAGACUGCGGGGGCAUGAUCUAUACAUCAAAACCACUUUAUUAACCUAAAGAUUUAUUGUGCUUAUAGUUCUUUAUAAUAGAUACAGUUUUGAUAUUCUUUGUUUAGAACUAAAAUGUGCCAUUUCCAUUAUUCAUUUUGUAGCUCAUCUCGGCUAUUUUUUGACAGUUCCAUAAAUUUCUUCUUUAUUAUUGCAUCACAUUUUUAAGAUGAAUUACAAACUGGCAGCAUCAUGCUAUUCUUGUAGAUGGCAACACUUAACUGGUGUAUGCAGUUGUUGUCAGAUAUUACAAUGUAUGCCUUGUUUGAUGCCUAGAAUUAUUCUCAAAUCCUUUUAAUUCACCAUCAUCUCUUACUGAGGAAUUUUUGGGUUGUUAUCUACUUGUGCGUUUCUCAUCCAAAACUGCAUAACUUUGUGUUUGCAUGGGUGAAGGACAAAAGUUUUAGACAGAGUGAUAGAGGGGGGAAAAAAAGAAACAGAAAUAAGAAAGAAUGUUUAUAUGGUACUAGUAAUACUUACUUUGACUAAAUUAAAUACAAAAUUGUGUGAUUUAUGUAUUUAUCUUUAUGUUAACAUAUAUAUAUAUAAAACAAUAAACAUACAUUUUGUGAAAAGUAA